AAAAGAAAAGAAUAUUGGUGAGGUGGAAGCAUCCACUUUAGGUUCUGAGUACCUAUCUCUUCUCUCUUUUCCCUCUACAAAGCUUCUUCCUUCCUCAAACCCCCUCUAUCACUCACCGCACUUCACUUCCAUCACACUGCCCUACUUCCAAAAUGACAGACCCAUCAUCCAAACCCAACGGAAACGGCGCAAUUAACGGCGCCGCCACCGCUAACGGCAAUCCCGGCCCCGUUAAAUCCCAACUCUACAACCCAAACCGUCAACUUUACCGGCCGCAAUCUCACUACCACCGCCGUCAACGCUCCCACCGGAACCUCUGUUGUUGCUGCUGCUUCUGGACCAUCCUCACCGUCCUCGCCGUGGCGCUCCUCGCCGCCAUUGUCGGAGCCGCACUGUACGUACUGUACCGUCCUCAUCGACCCGAAUUCUCCAUCACAAACCUCCGCAUUGCGAAGAUGAACCUCACCACUUCCAGCGACUCACCCUCUCACCUCACCACACUCUUCAACCUCACCCUCAUCGCUAAGAACCCCAACAACCACCUCGUUUUCUUCUACGACCCCUUCACCGUCACCGUCUUCUCUAACUCCGUCCCCAUCGGAAACGGGUCUCUCACGGCGUUUACUUCCGACAAGAACAACCAGACGAGUCUCCGAACGGUGCUGUCGGGUUCCCAAGAUCUGGACACGGACUCGUUGACUAGCCUCAGAUCGGGUCUGAAGAACAAGAAGGGUUUCCCCGUUGAGAUUCAGAUGGAUACUAAGGUCAAAAUGAAGAUGGAUUGGCUCAAGAGCAAGAAGGUUGGAAUUAGAGUCACCUGUGACGGAAUCAAAGGUUCGGUUCCCGCCGGUAAGUCUCCGGCGAUCGCUUCCGUCAUUGACUCUGAGUGUAAGGUGGAUCUUCGAAUCAAGAUCUGGAAGUUCUCUUUUUAGUUCUUUCAUUGGUUAUUUCUAUUAUUAUUAUCAUUGCCAAAUUCGUUAUUAUCAACAUCGGUUUCAAUAAUCAAUUCUAUCAUCCAUCCCUUCUCUCCCUUUAUUUUUAAAUUUCAUUCUUUUUUUGUUUUUGUUUUUCGGUAGAGGGGGAAUGGAUUGAUUAUGGUAAUCAUGAAAUGUGGCACGAGUUUCUUAGCCUAUUCAAGAAGAAUGUGUUGAGAAGGUGAAAUUUGUGAGAAAAAAAGAAAAAAAAAUAAUUUUGAGCUUGUAAUAUGAGAUUUAGGGCAGAAAGCGCCCUAAAUUUAGUUUUUUUUUUUAAUUUGUCAUUGUAGUUUGCUGCUGUAAUUUGUUUCAAAGUUUUUAUAGUAAUGCAACUGCAAUUAUA